AUGAAGUUCUCUUCGGCUCUUGUUGCUCUUUCUGCCUUCGGCAAUAUCGCCUUUGCCGCUCCUGUUACCGAUGGACAGCUUCAAGCUGCCAAUCAAAGUCCAAGUCCCGCAGGAAUAGCUCAAGCCCACCUUGAAAAGAGGGCGUUGAGUUGCCAGAGUAUCGCAAGGGCGAUUUGGGUUACCCAUGGAGUCCUCGAGGCAGCGAACAUUUUUAUCACCGAUAUUGAAGAUUAUGUUCAGGGACUGUGCGAAAGACAGGAAGUUGCGGGAUGUGCUUCUUUCAUCACCGAGUUUAGGGCUGCGUUUGAUCUAGCCUUGAAGCUCACGUCGAAGGUCAGUGCCGGUGCUGGUAUUGCCGAUGCGACUGCUUCAUACUUGAAUACCAAUGCUCGCCGAUCUCUGCCUCCAAGCGAGUACGACAUAGAAGCCCUGAAGAUGUUGAAUUACUCUAUUGCUUCCCAUGAGAAAGUUGCCAAUCCACGCAUUGGAGCUAGGUCCGAUGACAGCCGGCCUGCUUUGGCUCAUCACUAUCGUCUGAAGGGAGUGAGAGAGCAUGAUUCCGAUGUCAGUCGUGAUUAUGAGAUCCAUCACUUCGAGGAUGGCGUUGCGCACCUCCAUAUUCCCCUCGCUGGAUCCGGCAGCACCUCUUCUGUCAACAAGCGACACGAUGGACCGGGAGUGAAACUCGCUUUCCAGCAUGAGGCGACCGGCGUCGAUCCUAGCCUCUUGUCGGGAUGUGCCACUGCGGUCGCGAGUAAGUGGUCGCAAUAUACCUCGCAGGGCCAUGCCAACAUGUUCGGGUUCGUGGAGUACAAGAACAAAGAGCUUAUGUACUAUCGCUCCAUCAUGGAAGGUAAAGGAUUUGGUGAAAACUAUGAAGAUGUCAUGGCCUGUGGAGAUAUGGGCCACUUGGUUGGCACCUACUUGGGAGAACCUGAGGCCUGA